AUGGACGCAACAGCACUAACACGCAUAGGUAGAAAAGCAGUGGCCAUAGCAGUUGUAGGCAUGUUCUUGCCUUUCGCAUUUGGAGCUUUCUUUGCUAUCUAUUUGAUCAGAUUCGACGAAUCAACCAAAAGCAGCGCUUACGUCCUAUUCCUUGGUUCUGUUCUUUCUGUGGCUGCGUUUCCCGUUCUUGCCAGAAUCCUUGCAGAGCUCAAAUUCAUCAACACUGAGUUAGGAAGGAUUGCUCUUUCAUCUGCACUCGUCAAUGAUCUGAUUUCAUGGAUACUCUUGGCUCUGUCUAUUAGUUUGGUGGAGAAUAACAAGCCUUCUUUGUCACUCGUGUUGAUUUUCUUGGCAGCUGUACUGUUUGUUGCUUUCAAUAUUUUUGUUGUGAGACCUGGGAUCAUGUGGAUGAUAAGGAGAACCCCCGAGGGUGAAGCAUUCAGUGAUCUCCAUAUGUGCAUAAUAUUAUCCGGUGUGAUGCUCUCAGGUUUGAUCACAGAUGCUAUUGGAACCCAUUCAGUCUUUGGAGCCUUUGUGUUUGGUUUGACAAUCCCAAAUGGACCUCUAGGACUCUCUCUUGUGGAAAGGGUCGAGGACUUUAUGACACUGCUUUUGCUCCCUCUAUUUUUCGCCUCCAGUGGCCUAAAGACUGAUCUUGGACUCCUCAAAGGGUUCUACACAUGGGCAAUGUUGAUCAUUCUUGUUAUUUUGGCUUGCAUUGGCAAAGUCAUUGGAACUAUGGCUGCUGCAAUCUAUUAUCAAAUGCCAGUUCGUGAAGCAGCAGUCCUUGGCUUGCUCAUGAACACAAAAGGCGUUAUUGAAGUUAUUGUACUUAACAUUGGCAAGGAUCAAAAGGUUUUGACCGAAGAAUCAUUCGCAACCAUGGUGAUUAUAACCGUACUAAUGACCGCAGUAAUUGUACCUGGGAUGUCACUUAUACACAAACCAACGAGGGCGGUGAUACCUUACAAAAGAAGAACCAUUCAGAUGUCACACAGAGAUUCAGAGUUCAGAGUCCUAGUGUGUAUCCACGCCCCUCGAAAUGUGCCAACAAUGAUUAACCUCCUUGACGCCUCUAAUCCUACAAAGAAUUCCCCAAUAUGCAUUUACGCGCUCCAUUUGACCGAACUCACUGGCCAUCCAUCUGGAUUACUCGUUGUUCACAGUCAUACGUCCAAGCAACCAGAUACACCAGCCUUUUACAGGACUCAAACUCAAUCUGAACACAUUAUCAACGCAUUUAAGAAUUAUGAGCAAGUUGCUUCCCACGUCACAGUGCAGCCCUUGACAGCAAUCUCCCCUUACUCCACCAUGCAUGAGGACGUAUGCAACUUGGCUCAGGACAAGCGUGUGGCCUUCAUAAUCGUUCCUUUCCACAAACAUCAAGCUAUUGAUGGUGAAAUGGAGUCCACGAACAUGUCAUUUCGUACUGUGAACCUCAAUGUUCUGAGCAAAGCACCGUGCUCAGUUGGGAUUCUAGUGGAUAGAGGCUUGCAUGUGUCCCAUCUGGCUCCAGAUCAAAAGUCUCACUACGUGGCAGUGUUGUUCUUUGGAGGGCAUGAUGAUAGAGAAGCCUUGAGUUAUGGAUGGAGGAUGUCAGAACAUCCAUCGAUAAACCUUACUGUGAUGCGUUUUCUUCAUGAGGAAGAAGUUAUACAUCAGCAUAGUGACCACAAUCCUGAUGAACUAACCGUGAAAACGGAUAAGGACACUCAGAAGCAACUUGAUGAGAAGCUUUUACAUUGGUUUAGGACAAGCCAUGAGAAUGAAGGUUCAGUUAUUUAUGUUGAGAAAAUGGUGAACAAUGGGGAGCAGACAGUGGCAGCAAUAAGGUCAAUGGAUGAUAUUCAUGACCUUUUCAUAAUUGGGAGAGGUCAAGGAAUGAAGUCACCACUCACAGCAGGGCUCACUGAUUGGAGUGAGUGUCCCGAGUUAGGGGCAAUUGGGGACUUGUUAGCUUCAUCAGAUUUUGCAGCCACUGCUUCAGUGUUGGUAGUGCAACAAUAUGUUGGGGAGGAAAUGGAAGAAGAUGGACCGGGAACACCAGAAGGAGCAGACACCACCACCAUGAUGACAAACGAAGAAUUUCUCAAUCGAAAUGGAUCUCACCCAACACAGCAAAGGGACACAAUAAGUUCAAAUAGGAAAGUUUCUCAGUGA